AGUAAACAAACAAAUUAAUCAGUGACAGGAUAACCAGUGGUCAGAGUGGAACUGUGUUGCAGUUCUUCUCUAAGAUGAAGGUGUUAGUGCUGUGCCUUCUUGGAGUUUCGUUCGCUUCGGAGAACAAACCGGUUCCUUUCCCUUCCUUGGCCAGCAUACCUGCCUCACGAGGAGAUCCACAAGCCAGGGCUGAAUCAGACAAACCUGUUUUUAGUGAUAAGGAUAAGAGCAGUGAAAAAGGCAAAGAGGCUGACAGAGAAAAAGGCAAAGAUGUUCGGGAAAAGGGCAAAGAUUUUAGGGAAAAGGAUGAUGGCCCGGAUUGGGGAUCCUCUGAUGGAAUAUCUAACUAUGGCUAUAGAGAAGGCUUUGGGCCUCGUGGUGGACCAGGUUAUGGUGGACCAGGCUAUGGUGGACCUUAUGGUGGUCCAGGCUUUGGACCUGGUUAUGGUGGAUAUGGCUACGGUGGACCAAGAUUUGAAGGACCGGGCUAUGGAGGACCUGGUUUUGGUGGUCAAAUCCAUGGUGGACCCGGCUAUGGUAGACCAUCCUAUAAUGAACCUGGAUAUGGGCCCAUCCCUUAUCUAGGAGGCAAAGGAAAUCUAUUUUUGAACGAAGCUUUGCAUGGUGGCAACAAGUAUGGCCAAAUACCUUUGGCUGGGGGAGAUUUCAGUCUAGCCAACAAAGGAGUUUUAGGACCCCUUGGACCGAUUGCCAACGCAAACCUGCAGGGGAAUUUUCAGCCUUUUAAGCAGUUUGGAUUUGGAGGCUAUGGCGGACUAGAAAAUUAUGGAGCACAGGAAUUGAACCAGUAUAGAUACAACCAGAACCGACCUCAGAUUGAUCCUGAUGACCUGGAUCAAGACGGUGAACCUGAUCAUUUAACUGCCACCAAACACAAGAUUGAUGAAUACAUUGCGAAACAGUGGUUGCUGGGGAAACGUAAGCUGUCUGUUCAAGUGAGUUAUGGGAAUAUGCCCCUGGAAUACCAGUACCUGGGUCAAUAUCAUGGAUUCCCAAACCCUGUGGCAGGAACUCCAUUGGCUAAAGUUUUUGGAGUUCCACCUCCUAAUAAUAACCAAGGGAAGCCUUUGAUUAAAGAUGGGCCUGGCUAUGGAGCUCAGUCUUAUGGAGCGCAGUCUUAUGGGACUGGAGUUCAGAAUUUUGGAGAGUCGGGUUAUGGAGCAAUGGACAACAAUUAUGGCAGUAACCAAGGUCUUUCUUAUAAUUCUGCCUCUGGGAAUAACUAUGGAGGGAAAAUGGAUUAUUAUGGAGCUUCACAGUCAAAUUAUGGAGCUUCAGAGCCAAAUUAUGGAGCUUCACAGCAAAACUACGGAGCUUCACAACAAAAUUAUGGAUCUCAACAAAAUUAUGGAUCUCAACAAAAUUAUGGAUCUCAACAAAAUUAUGGAUCUCAACAAAAUUUUGGAGCUCAACAAAAUUAUGGAGUCCAAACUUCUAGUGGAGCUAAUUACGGAGUUUCAGAACCAAAUUAUGGUCAGCAAAACUGGGGAGCUUCUCAACAAAACUAUCCAGCCUUUCAACCCGUCUCCCCUCAGCCUAAUUAUAGAAUGGGUACGCUCAACACUCAAGAUGUCAAUAACAACCAGAAUGGUCAACCUAACUAUGCUACGGGUCAACCUAACUAUCCUACCGGUCAACCUAACUAUGCUACCACUGCUAAACCUGCCACAAACUAUGCUGAUAAUAUUGCUUCCACUUAUGCCUUUAUUCAAGUUCCUCAGAAAAGAAUGAUGCCCUAUUAAUAUUAAAGAUUUUUAAUUGAAAUAUAUGUAUUUAGAUUAU